AUGGCUGCUCAAGCAUGGCGAGAUUACAAGGAGCAAAUGAAACAAAAACGAAUGAAAACCUCGAAAAAAAAAAGUGGAGAUACGUUUAACAAAACAGAGGAGCUUGUUGUUCAACAGUUGUCCGCGGAAGUUGCAGGAAAAGCUCAAAAAUACCUUCGUGUUGGCCCUCGUGAGUUUGUUCCAUUCGACAAGUUCGAGGAAGUGACUAUCGAGAAUAUUAAGAAAGCUUGUGAAAAACAUUUCGCUCACAAAGUGGGUAAGAAUGUAUGCUGCGAUGUGCUGGCUGGAGAGCAGGGUCCCUCUUGUAAAAGUGUUAACCACAUACCAAACAGCAAGUUGAUUCAUGUUCGCUUUAUCCCUCGUUCAAGCAUCGAUGUUGUCGACGACGACGUCGAAGCAGAUUUAGGGAACACUAGCAGCUUGCCACCUGCUCCAUCAGCUGUACGAAAAAGGAAAGUGGAAUCUGCUCGUACAUCAUGUUUUUCAAGCAGCUUUCCGGAAUCUAAGGCUAAGCGACCAGCAAUUUCAAAUGGAAGUCCUAGUAAAUGUUACCCAAAAAGCUUGUCUGUGCUAGACAUGAUGAAACUUGGGAAGAUAGUUGACUCACGAAAGACAACGGUUGUCCAUAUGUACACAUUUGAUAUAGAUCUGAUGACUUGGUCCAAGGUAAAUCUGAUGACUUGUAGAACAAACUUUAGACAAUUGUCUGUACCGUACGUAUUUAAAUACAUGCUUCCGGAAAGUACGUCACCUUGGCUAUAUAGAGCCUCGUUUUCAUGACUGAAACAUCAGACUUUGACUAAUGUCAGGUACACGAAAACGAGGCUCUAUAGCCAAAGUGACAUACUUUCCGGAAGGGUGUAUUAUUGGGUUUCAUUGUGGGGGGGGGGCAGCUCUAGAACAUUUUGAGGGGGGGGUCAGCUCUAGAACAAAACAGAGUUAUCAGAAUGAGUUGAUUGUUCAUUUUAUGUAUUAGCAUUGUGUUUGGUGGCAAAUACAUUGAAUUUCAUAUAAUUUCCUCACUCCAGUACAGCGUAAACAUCAAUACAUUUGAGGUUGACCCCCCCCCCGACACUGAAUAAUGCCGUGAAACCCAGGAAUAGGGUGUGUGUUCUCUUGCCCAACAAAAGGGUGUGGUUUCCUCUCAGGCAUGUCACAAACCACUAAUUGGGUCAUUCCAGAAAACAUCCAUACCUCCCCCAUUGGAAGUUAACCCCCUCCCCUCUCCCGAUGUCCUAAUACAUUUACUAUUAUCACAAACAAUUUUAUCUCCCCUCCCUUUCCGGAUGGCAGAAAUUUCCUCCGUGGGGAGGAGUGUGGAUCUUUUCUGGAAUGACCAUUAAUAUUUAAUUUCCCAAAAUUGUUGGGGGGGGGGGACAUUGACAUACAAUUUUUUCCAGACAUGUCAACAUACAAAAAAAAAUUUUGGACAUACGAGCAUACAAAAAUUUUCUCAACAUACCAUAACUCAUUUCGUUUUCCUUAAUAUUUUCAUAAAUUUCCCCAGACUUGACCAGAAUUAACACUUUUUAAUCAUUACAUUAAUCAUUUUAUAAAACUGCUUUGCUUGACAUACAGCCCAACACUAGGCAAAAUUUGCCUUAGAACUAUCAUACCAUUUCUAAUCUGGGGGGGGGGGAGUCCACACCCCCCCCCCCAACAGUUGCACCCCUUGUAAGAUACCAAGGCCCUUACCUUGAGGUACUUACCCCAAGGCACCCCAUUCAAUUAUAAUCCUAUGGCCAUAAUUGUGAUUUAAAUUAGUUUUUGUGUGUGUGUGUUUUCGUUCUUUCUUUUGUAAACAAUUUUGUAAAGUGGCAAAAACAAAUUCAAUUCAAUUCAAGGUUGCACAAACUGUAGAGUUUUUGGUUGAAGCAAACCCUUUGGGUCAAGGGGGAUUCAGAAGUGCUUACAAAGCUACCACUCACAAUGCAGAAUUCAAGAAAUGUUCUUGGGUCAUUAAGAAAUAUCUGCCUGAUGCUGUUGAAACUAUUCAAGCAACAAACCACUCUCUGGAAGACCACAACAAGAAGGUUGUUCAAAUGCAUAUGCUUGCACGCAACUUUGCUCUUCAACUUAAGCAAGAAAUAUUGAAAGAUGCAGGCAAGGCUGAACAGUAUGGUCCACAUCUAAAGUACCGAAAGAUUUUUCUGGGCAAGACAGACGAAGGUGAAUCUUUGACUGUUGAAGAAUUUGUGUCAGGUGAAUUUGUAAAAUAUAUCAACAACAAUGGUAUUCCUUGUGUCAGUGGCAAUAAUGUCAUUGGGCAGAAAGCACAGUGCCUUUCACAUUUCUCUUAUGAAAGAUCUGGCACAAAACUCAUGGUGGUCGACAUUCAGGGGAGCAGCUACCAGUUAUAUGAUCCUGAAAUUGCUACAUCUAGUCUUUAUGACGAUAGUCAGUUUCUCUUCUGCACUGGGAACCUAGCACAUAUUGCAAUCGAAAACUUUAUUAGCAAGCACAAGUGCACAACAUUUUGCACUCUUGCUGGCUUGAGUCCACUUAGUGCAUAA